CCUAAAUUACAAAUUUGUUAUAGAAAUGCGACAAUAAAACAUAUUCGAGAAGGGACGAACAUAAUAAAAAUUUUUGCUUUCGUGAAUGAACGUGAGAUGCGGUACCUCUACCUAUUAAAUACAAGUUCCUUCUUUUACAAAUUCAAAACCAGUCUUUAUUUCACCUUAAACUUGACCACGUGAGUGUCAAUUACAAUUCCAUGUUGAUCAUCGCGUUUUAUUCGUAGCUGGAUUUAGCUAAGUCGAGUUACUCGUAUACCAUGUUGCUGAUUUUGUUCGCGAUUUUUUAUAGUUUCAAUAAAUAUAUUUACUGUGAAAAUGUUAAUAAUGUGAACAAGAAAGCACCUCAUAUUAUUUUUAUUCUGGCCGAUGAUUUGGGCUGGAAUGAUGUUGGUUUUCACGGAUCUGACGAAAUUGCAACCCCUAACAUCGAUGCUUUAGCUUACAACGGUGUGAUUUUAAAAAAUCAUUACAGUGAAACAUUAUGCAGUCCUUCGAGAGCAGCAUUAUUAACAGGAAAAUACCCCAUUCACACAGGAAUGCAACAUAAUGUAGUGCUGGAAACGCAAGCCUCUGGUCUACCAUUAGAUGAAAAAAUAUUGCCACAAUAUUUAAAACCAUUGGGGUACAAGACUCACGCCGUCGGCAAAUGGCACUUGGGAUUUUAUAAAAAAGAGUACACUCCGCCGUAUCGUGGUUUUGACUCUUUCUACGGAUUAUGGAACGGAUAUCAUGAUUAUUACAGACACAACGUUCAAGCUUGGUUUAUUCCGUACGAUGGUUAUGAUAUGAGAAGAAAUAUGACUACUGAUUGGUCAGCCUAUGGCAAAUACACAACCGAUAUUUUUACCGACGAAGCGGUGGAUAUAAUUGAAAAUCAUAACGCUUCCGAGCCAUUAUUUCUCUACUUGGCGCAUCUGGCUCCGCACGCUGGCACUUACGAAGAUCCUUUACAAGCACCAGAAGAAGAAAUUGAUAAAUUCUCUUACCUCGAGAACUACGAUCGUCAACGUUACGCCGCCAUGGUUUCCAAAUUAGACGAAUCGGUUGGUAAAGUGGUCGCUGCUUUGAAAGAAAAUUCCAUGUUGGAAAACUCGAUUAUAGUGUUCGUUUCUGAUAACGGUGCUCCAACAGUAGGGUUGAUGAAAAAUCAAGGAUCUAAUUGGCCUUUGAAAGGAGAGAAAUCUACUCCGUGGGAAGGAGGUGUUAGAACAGUAGCAUUAAUAUGGAGUAAAUUAUUACCGAAGACGAGAAAAGUUAGCUCUCAACUCAUGCAUAUUUCCGACUGGUUACCUACAUUGUACUCAGCAGCGGGUGGUGAUAAGAACGACUUGAAUGACAUCGACGGUAACAAUUUAUGGGACGUAUUAACAGGUGCCAAAAAAGAAUACGUUAAUUACACCAUACUUCACAAUAUAGAUGAAAAAAAUGGCAAUGGUUAUGCAGCCCUACGCGAAGGUCCUUUCAAACUUGUAAACGGUACUUCUUUACUAGGAUACCUAGACAUGUGGUCUGGUAUUCCCCAAGAUGCAGUUCCUGAAUAUGAUACGAUUAAGAUAUUGCAUAGCGCAGCCAAUCAGGCGUUAAUCAAUGUAACUCGUCCGCUGACUUUUGCCGACAUUUUGACGUUGAGGAAUUUGACGAAAAUCUCGUGUAAUAUUCGCAGCAACGAUGUCCAGCAUCUCGAACCUUGUUUACCGAGAAAACGACCUUGUUUGUUUAACAUCGAGGAGGACCCGUGCGAAUACUAUAAUUUAUACGACAGUAGCGAACGAAUGAAAGCAAUACAAUACAAGUUGGAAGACAAGAUUAAUGAGUUCAGAAAAACCCUGGUUAAGAUUGAUAUAAACAUCGGAAAUACCUUAUCUAAUCCAGCUUUGUACAAUAAUACUUGGGCCAAUUGGGGUGAUAUCGCCGAAGAACGGUAGUCCAUCCAAACAACUCCUUCUAUAAGUACUGAUUUCCUCAGGUGAAGACGACUUUUUGAAAAAAUCACCAAUUUUCAAAUUUUAUGAUGGUGGACCUUAUAAGUAGAUAUCCGUCAAUUCCUCCAUUACUAGAAUUAUUUCAAGUGAAUGAGAGUAGAUCAUUCUCAUGCUGCGGUAUUGACACAUCGUAAAAUAAAACAUAAGAUAAACAAGUUGCCUAUUUUGAAAAUUGAAGGGGCAAAACACGUUUUCAAAAUCCAAUUGUAAGAGCCGAAAUCCAAUUUCGACGAUGAAAAAUGAACAAAAUCACCUAUUACGACUUUUUGCCUGAAUUUCAAAUUAGAGGGGCUACAAUAGUGAUUCAAUUUCGAAAAAAUAAUCAAAUUUUGUUACGAUCAUUUUUUUUUCUUACUCUAAACUCUGAAAUGUUUCUGAAGCUCGACAGUUUUUAAUUCGCUAGAAAUUUCAUUAAAUUUACAACUUUCGAGCUUCAAAAACUUUUUAAAUUUUAGAGUAAGAAAAUAAAAUGAUCAUAACAAAAUUCAUCAAAUUUUCAACGUAGCAUUCAUUUCCAAUUUCAUUUUUUUCAUCGCGAUUUUUUGAAAUUUACCAUUAUUAGAGCAGGAAAAUAACGUAAAAAAGCGGUGGCAAAAAGGAAAAAAUUGGCACAUCGAAUUUUUCUUUGGGAAUGUGUUCAGAUGAACCCCCUGAACUACAAAAAAAACCGACCCUCCUAACCCUGGAGCUAAUUUUUUUAGGGGGCUAAAACUGGUUUCGAUUCACAUUUUUUGCGAUUUACUCCGAAAAUAUUAGGUUUACGAUAAAAACUACCAUGACUAAAAAUGUCCCCCUUCAAAUUCUCGACAAUUUGAUACUACGCUCGAUACUCAUCUAUCAAGAGGGGUGUCUAAAAAUAGGGAUAGAAAGAGUAGGUGUUUCAAAAAAAGUCAGUCCAAUAAAUUAAUCAAUGUUACCACUUAAUAUCAUUCGUUUUUGCUCAAUUUUUUUUUACAAAAUCUACUCACCCAACUAUUAAUCACACCACCAUUGAUUGGUGUUCAACCCUCCCAAGAGGUUGGUGGGGGAUGCUUGAUUUUUCAAGUAACACACAACUGAAUCAUGUAUUUGAAAAACGAAUCUGGACAUGCGAUAUAUCGAAUAGUAUGUUAUCGAAGUCGCUGAGUACGAAUAUGGACUUAUUUUUUGUGUCCCCCCUACCAAUGUCCCUCUGUGCCCCAACAAAGGGGCAAAAAUUUCAAAAAAUCGUCAAAAAGUCGAGUGACAUAUCGAAUGGAAUGUUUUUGAGGUGGUCAAGCACAAAUAUGAACUUAUUUUUUGGGCCCCACCCACAAUGUCCCUCUGUGCCCCAAAGUAGAGGUCAAAUUUCGAAAAAUCGUAAAAUGUCGAGUGAUAUAUCGAAUGGUAUAUUUUCGAGGUCGCUGAGUACGAAUAUGAACUUAAUUUUCGUGUACCUUCUCACAAUGUCUCUCUUCGCCCCAAAAAGGGGCCAAAUUUCGAAAAAUCAUGAAAAGUCGAGUGAUAAUUUCGAGAUUCUAUUUUGAAAUAUUUUAUCAAUUUAUGAGUUUUUCUAGCCGAAAAAAAACAUUAUAAAUAGGUAAUUAAUUUCAUUCAAAUUUCACAUAAAAAAAUAAUUCGAGUGGCACGUACCUCGGAAAAAUUUAAAAAUAUAGAAAUUAGUUGGAUGAUAAUACAUUUUUUUUCGAUGAAAUUCGACAACACAGUGAAAAUCUUAGUUCUAUUUCAUUUUCUAUUGAAAAAUAAUCAAAAACUGGUAGGUGAGUGAGCGUUUCAAGGAAAAAUCUUGAGAUGUAAAAUGUUUUUUUUUACAAAAUGAGCGUUCAAACUUUUUGAAUAGAGAUCUCGAUAAUACCUCUACCCCUCCGCUUCUCCCUCCGAAAGUUACUCUAAUCAGUGUUUUUGAGAUGAAUUUUCAGAAUUAUUUCUGAAAUAAUGGUGUGAGUCUUUAAAGAAAAAGAUCACACCAUGUUUUGUCGUUAACUUUUUUGGGGCAGAGAACCAUUGUGCUUUGGAUUCUAAAAAUAUGUGUUCAGCGAUCUAGAAAACAUACUAUUCGAUAUACUCGUAUUUACACGAUGUUCAACGACUUUUCAAAAUUUUAUCCUAUUUAGAAUGGCGUAGAGGGGUUUUGAGAAACUGUAAGCAGAAAUCAAGUUCAUAUUCGUAUUCAGCGACCUCGAAAACAUACCAUUCGAUAUAUCACUCGACAUUUUACGAUUUUUCGAAAUUUGACCCCUUUCAUUGGGGCACAGAGGGAUAUUGUGGGGUGGGACCCAAAAAAUAAGUUCAUAUUUGUGCUUGACGACCUCAAAAACAAUCCAUUCGAUAUGUCACUCGACUUUUUGAUGAUUUUUUGAAAUUUUGGGCCCUUUGUUGGGGCCCAGAGGGACAUUAGGGGGUGGGACACAAAAAAUAAGUUCAUAUUCGUACUCAGCGACCUCGAAAACAUACCAUUCGAUAUAUCACUCGACUUUUCAAGAUUUUUCAAAAUUUCAACCCCCUUUUUGGGGCACAGAGGGGGGGCUUUGAGGAGUUGGACCCAGAAAAUAAGUUGGUGUUCGUAUUCAGCGACCUCGAUAACAUACUAUUCGAUAUAUCGCAUGUCCAGAUUCGUUUUUCAAAUACAUGAUUCAGUUGUGUGUUACUUGAAAAAUCAAGCAUCCCUCAUGAACCCCUGAGGAGGGUUGAAGACCAAUCAAUAGCGGUGUGAUUAAUAGUUGGGGUGAGUAGAUUUUGUAAAAAAAAUUUGAGCAAAAACGAAUGAUAUUAAGUGGUAACUUUGAUCAAUUUAUUGGACUGACUUUUUUUGAAACACCUACUCUUUCCACCCCUAUUUUUAGGCACCCCCCUUGAGGGAUGGGUAUCGAGCGUAGUAUCAAAUUGUCGAGAAUUUGAAGGGGAACAUUUUUAGUCAUGGUAGUUUUUAUCGUAAACCUAAUAUUUUCGGAGUAAAUCGCAAAAAAUGUGAAUCGAAACCGGUUUUAGCCCCCUAAAAAAAAUUAGCUCCAGGGUUAGGAGGGUCGGUUUUUUUUUGGUAGUUCAGGGGGUUCAUCAGAACACAUUCCCGAAGAAAAAAUUGAUGUGCCAAUUUUUUCCUUUUUAAAACCGCUAUUUGCCUGCUCUAUAUAAUUUGUAGCCCCUUCAAUUUGCAAGUUGGGCAAAAAAUCAUAAUAGUUGCUUUUGUUCAUUUUUCAAAGUAAUACCGACUUCUAUGGUCAAAAUUGGGGUUUGGCUCUUAGAUUUUGAAAACGUAUCUUUCCCCUUCAAUUUUGAAGAUUGGCCGUCAUCGUCCAGCUUGUGUCAAAUAUUGAACCUAAGUGCUAUAGCGCGAAAUCUGUGCCGAAUUACAAGACAUUCGCUGAAGAUGAAUUCGCAUUUUUUGCGACAUGGACCUAUUUGUGUCUUGCUAAAAAUUCCUCUCAUACGACCUACCCCUACAAUCUCUGACGUCGUAUGAGUUGUAACCAAAAUUCAAUUCGAGAAAUGAUAUUGAUAAUAAUAUUGCAAAUUAUUAAUCAACGUAUUAUUCUGAUUGAGUUUAAAUCUCCUCUACUUUUCAAAAAUACGUACGAUAUAAGAAUUCAUCUUGACAACAACGCAAGUCUUCCUUUUUGGAUAGGUACUUGCUAUAUUUUUUCUUCAUUUUAAUUGCUUUUUAUUUAUUUUGUUUUACUUAUUUAGUUUUUAUUGCAACCGCACAAAUUGUCCCCCAAAAUUCGUCUUCGACGCAUCAAAAGUACUUAUUCAUUCUCCCACAUUCCCACAAUUCCCCUUCAGAUAAUGUGAAUUAAGUACAAAGUCGUCACUAUAGGAUCAGGAUAAGGGGGAGCCAUAAUGUCGAUACUCCAAAUUCGAUAUCUCCGAAAAUUCAGCGAAGAUUAGUCGCUCAUACGCUUACGGAUAUAGUUAUAAAGAAAAAGGUGUUCUUAUUAUGUAAUAUGUAAAUUGAAUAAUAAUCGAAUCGUUCCUUGUUGUUUUUACCUUUGUAA